AAAAUAAACAACAAAUUUUCAAAUUACCAUCUGCUUAAUAUUACCAAAUACCUCGAACCAUAUAGGAAGAAUCAGAAGCGAGCAUUAAAAUACUCAGCCAGUAUAUACUAUCUCUGGAAUAAGACUGCAUGUUGGACAAAUAAUGUCAAAAACUGGCAAUCGGACAGUGGCAUUUUUUACACUUUCUGAUAAAAGUUUGGACACUACAAAGUUUUCAGAAAGCAUAACUAGCCAGAAUGUGUUAGAUUUCGGUAAUGUAGAUGCUAUGGUUGUGAGGACAUCAAAUGACGGUAAAUAUUGGAUUAUUGGUCUUGCAAAUGGCACAAUUGUUGUAUGGAUACUUUCAGUUGAUCUUAAGUUGGCUAACAUUUUUUAGCUAUUGUCCACUGAAGGGAGUGAUAAGCAAACAAAUAGUUUCUAUACCUUGAACGCUGAUGGUGAAACUCUACCAUGUUCGGACCUGCAACCUGUUCCGAACCUUAUCGGUCAAACUCAAGAUAACUGUAAUCUACUUUUGGCCGUAUAUGUUUCUGGUCAUGCACGUUUAUGGCAUUACACAGGAGCGAUGAAAUCAUCACGUCUUCUUGCAACAAUUUCCGAAGAAAGAAUCAGCAGUCCAUCUGAUGCUCCUUUGUCAGCCAACAUAGAAAAAAUACUAAAUCAGAUACUAUGUUGUUCAUGUUCAUAUGACGGUAAACGAUUUGUGACUGGUGGGUCUGAUUGUCAUUUGAGAAUUUAUGACAUGAAAUCUCGAAAACGCUUACGGAUAUGUAGUUCAAGUUUUACCAAAGAUAAAAUGGAUGGACAUGUAAUGCGUAUAUGUGCUGUGAAAUAUCACCCACGUGGUGCUGUUUAUGAAGAUUAUGUGCAUAUCUUUGUUACUGGUGGUUGGGAUGAUACAAUACACAUAUGGGAUGAUCGGUAUUUACAUUCUUUAUGGGCCUAUUAUGGUCCACAUAUCUGUGGAUCAGAUGGAUUAGAAAUUGAAUCAGAAUCCAAUCAUAUAUUAUCAAGUUCUUGGCGCCGUGAUAAAUCAAUUUUACAAGUUUGGAAAUUUAAUGAAGAAAUUAUGGUUGAAUUUUAUAAUGUAGCUGAACAAAGAGGUGAUGAAUUGUCGAUUCCAUCCGGAAAGGAAAUGAUUCAUAAUCAAACUGAAGAUUCACAAUACAGUAAUCCAGUAGCUGAGAUACCUCAAGAUGUUUAUGAUGGACCGAGUAAAGGUUAUGUAGCGAAAUGGCUUGGGUCGUACUACGUAGCCUUCGGUGGAUCAGAUGCAAAUAUGCUGAAACUUAUCAAUCGUUUCACAUUAAAUAAUGUUGGAUCUGUGACAAAUUUGAAAAGUGGUAUUUAUUCCUUGGCCUUUAAUGAACCAAAGACAAACGAAAGCAUUUACAAACGUACACUACAAAUUGCGUUCGCAUCUGGUACUCGUGUUUAUGUUGCUCAAUUUGAACAAAAAUAAAUUUACAAAGAUUUAUUUUUUUUGCUGGAACGGAAACUUUUUAUUGAAUUUUAUACGCACGAAAAUUUUUCUGUCUUUUUUUAUAUGAACUUUCACUUUGUAGAUUGAAACGAUAUUAUUUUAGCAUAGUCUGGUUAAAUAAAAUACUCUUAUAUUCCUUC